GGUGCACUAGGAUACAGGUUGGGAAAGACAACCAAAUUCCUACACUAAAAACUAAUACUAAUUGUAAGUUUUUUGGUUGCUCUAAGGAUACCUUUACAGUUCAACUUUUUGCCCAAAGUUUCCGGUAACCUCUAACGUUUGUGACAAAUACAGAGCCAGGAUUACCAUCGUUAAAAGGCUGGUCUGACAGUGAGAUGGAGUUGUCGGAUAUUUCGUUCCCUGUCACCUCUGCUGAUGACUUUUAUGACGACCCGUGCUUCAACACCAGCGACAUGCAUUUCUUCGAGGACCUGGACCCCCGUUUGGUCCACGUGGGACUCCUCAAGCCAGAUGACCGCCAUUACAACGAAGACGAGCACAUCAGGGCACCGAGCGGGCACCACCAAGCCGGGAGGUGCCUCCUCUGGGCGUGUAAAGCUUGCAAGAGGAAAACCACAAACUCUGACCGGAGGAAGGCUGCUACUAUGCGGGAGAGGAGGAGGCUGGGAAAGGUCAACGACGCCUUCGAGAACCUGAAGAGAUGCACGUCGAACAACCCCAAUCAGAGGCUUCCCAAAGUGGAGAUCUUGAGAAAUGCAAUCAGCUACAUCGAGUCUCUGCAAUCUCUGCUCAGAGGCCAGGACGGCGAGAACUACUACCCGGUGUUGGAACACUAUAGCGGGGACUCUGAUGCAUCCAGUCCACAGUCCAACUGUUCUGAUGGAAUGAUGGACUAUAAUGCCCCAACGUGCACGUCCGCAAGACGAGGCAACUAUGACAGCUCUUAUUUCGCCGAGACUCCAAACGCUGAUUCCAGAAGAAACAAGAACGCAGCAGUCAUCUCCAGCCUGGAUUGUCUUUCCAACAUUGUGGAGAGAAUCUCUACAGACACGUCAGCGUGCACUGUGUUAUCAGGCCAGGAGGGUUCCGAGGGUCGCCCCUGUUCUCCACAAGAGGGAUCUAUCCUGAGCGAACCGGGGGCACCCGUGCCGUCACCGACCAACUGCCCACAGCCGUCCCAUGACCCCAUCUACCAAGUGCUAUGAACAAAGUGAUAGUUUGGCUACAUUUAUGAAAACGAAUCGAUUCCUGUAAAUUGUAGAAAACAACAAACGGACGAGUUGCAGAAUGUUGCUGUGGUAGAAGAAUAGGAUGGCAAAGCUGUCAUUCCUUCUAAUAGAAAGUUUUCAAUUCCUUGAAGAUCAAUCAUUGGCUUCCCAUUGGUCACGUUUUAUGAGAUAUAAUUUCCGACUUAUUUAUGUAGGCAUAAGUGUAAUCGUAAAUGAAAUAUUUGACCACUUUCUUAGACUUGUGUGUGUGUGUGUGUGUGUGUGUCAUCGUCAUCUUUUGUUCUUUCCUUGCCAUUUUUAUUGUUUAUGACAAUAGAGGACCAUUUUUGUAUAUGUGUAAAUAAGAGGUGAUUUUUUUUUUUAAUAAACGAAAAAAAGUGUUUUAUGUAUUUAAUGUAGCCUGAGGCGCUUGGUUU